UUGUAAAAUCGAAAUAUGAGAAAUCUUUACAUUUUAAGUAGAUUUUAAUCAGAUAUUGUUUUGUACUUCGAACUAAUGACAUAACAAACACGAUGGAUUUAUCGACUGUGUGCCGAUGUUGCUUGUCCCAAGGCUUGGUAAAGAACUUAUACUCUAACUAUGUGUGGCUGGACACCCCCGAAAUAUAUGCGGAUAUGCUGCAGGGAUGUUUCAAUAUUACCCUGGCCAAGUUGGAGAACGGGAACAUCUGCGAGGACUGCAUCUUGCAGCUGCGGAGCGCCGUGCGCUUCAGGGAGCAGGUGCUGGUCUCCGAGCGGGAGUUCCUCAAGCAGAUACAGGCUUGUGUGGAUAAUGAAAAGAAGCCAUUUGAAGUGAAGGUGGAGCCAAAAAAUGAACUCUCUUUCGACUACGACUCCGAUGACUACUUCCUGGCGGAUACAGUCAGAGAAGUUCCCGUGGAAGUGAUCAUGCCAGAAGCCCGGGAGGUCAAGAAGAAGGCCGUUCCGCCGAAGAAGCCCCUCAAGGAGGGGGAGCGCGCCAGGAAGAUCAGGACGCUCGUCAACAGGCUCGCCUCUUCCAUGAAUUCAUGCGAGCUCCCAGACAUAACCACUCUAAAAAAGAAAGACAUAAACCAGAUCAUCAAGACGGGACGCAAGCAACCCAGACCGGCCGCCCGCACGGGGUCCAGCCGGCCGGUCCCCCGCGAGAGGAUCGACCUCGCGUCCCUGACCUCCUGGGCCUCACGGGUCAAAACCGACAAGAACAAACACAGAGCUAACCUCCAAACCAUACUCACUUACUCUAACGCUGUACCGUUCAAAAACAAGACACUUUUAGGCUUCAUGUGUGGCUAUUGCGACGAACGUUUCAUCGACCCGGUUGAUUUAAGAUCUCACACCGAAAAAGAUCAUAAGAAAGACCGCUUGGACUUCAAAUCUACAUUCGAUAUGACGGAGUACAAUGUGAAAUUAGACGUAGGAGACCUAAAUUGCACUUUGUGCGAUGAAAAAAUGGACAAUUUAAGCGUUCUGAAGACCCAUUUAGUUAAGGUACAUAAUAAAACUAUUUAUAACGAUAUUAAAGAUCAUAUAUUGCAGUUUAAGCUUAAGAAAGGUGAUGUGUAUGACUGCGCGCUGUGUACGUCGACUUACGAGACUUUUAAGAUGCUAAAACAGCAUAUGAACAAGCAUUAUGCGAAUUAUACUUGUAAAAAAUGUGACACCGCCUUCGCUACUAAGCGGUCUUUGAAUUCACACCGAUCUACUCAUCUGGAAGGCAGCCAUAAGUGCCCGCACUGUGAUAAGGUGUUUGCUAGCAAAUCUAAACAGCAUUACCAUGUGAAAACUAAGCAUUUAGGUUCAAGAAACGUCUCAAACUGUCCGUUCUGUAAUGAGGCAUUCCGGAGUUACUACCAGCGGAAUCAACAUUUGGUCAAAGUACAUAAUUCAGAAGCUAAAUACAAAUGUAAUGUUUGCGAUAAAGCUUAUAUAUUGAAGAGUUUACUUAUGUACCAUAUAAAAAAGACUCACCUAAUGGAAAGGAACUGCCAGUGUACCGAAUGUGGUUACAAGUUCUUUAGUAAGAAAGCGCUGAAUGCCCAUAUGGUGAAACAUACCGGGGAAAGGAAAUAUUCGUGUGAAGUUUGCCACAAGUCUUAUGCGAGGAAGUAUACGCUGCGCGAACACAUGAGGAUACAUAAUAAUGAUAGACGGUUCAAGUGUGACGUUUGCGCCAUGACUUUUGUGCAGAAGUGUAGUUUGAAAAGUCACCUGCUGUCGAAUCAUGGCAUUAGUAUGGCUGCUUGCGAUAUUGCCUCUACCGAAUAGUGUAUUUGACAAAGAGAAUAGAGUGAAUAGAGACGGAUUGUCAAAGUAAAUUAUGUAGCCACUGUACAUUUACUGCCGUCUUUCGACAGAACAUACAAACUGUUAGAACGCCAUUUGACUUUGAUCCUUAUUCUUUGACUGAUAUAAGUGAUAUAUGUUAACUUAUUAAAUAUUAAUAUUAACGCCAUCUACUCGACUAUAGGCCAAUAGGCCAAAGGUAUGGUGCAAUCUUUUCGAGCGAUGGCGCCAUAACCUUCAGCCUACUCUCGAGUAGAUGGCGUUAACAUUAAUAUUUAACAAGUUAACACAUAUCAGUGAAAGAAUAAUGAUCAAAGUCAAAUGGCGUUCUAACAGUUUUAAUCGUCUGUCGAAAGAUGGCAGUAAAUGUACUGUAGCUACAUAAUUUACCAUGACAGUAACUCUCUAUUUCAAAUUCUCUUUGGUAUUUGAUAAUCGUUUAAAAGCCACGCCUACCGUACGCGGCGCGGCAUUAUGAACCUUGUACGAAUGCACGAAGGCUGAUAUUCGGCUGUAGCCAGUGGGGAGACACUUCUCACUUCGGGCAAACUCGGCUCAGCAUUGCUCCGAGCAAUUAUUAGGGUUUGACGUCCUUUUGCGUGCACGACCACAGAUAAGAUAAUGACUUGAAUUUUGACAACCCUAAAUGGCCGAAAGGGAUAGUGCCAUACAUUAGAAAGAGAAAGCAUGAUUGGCCCCUGAAUCGCUGUCAAAGUUCGGUUUUGUAGGAUUCUGUACGGUAGUACUAUUAUUUAUUCUGUGCUGUAACCGCGCGCCUCUGGGCUAUAACCGCGAAAAUCGAAGUUCGCAAAUUGCGGGUAUCUUUCUCUUUUACUCCAAUGACGGCGUAAUUAGAGUGACAGAGAAAAAUCCCCGCAAUAUGCGAAUUUCGGUUUUCGCGGUAGCCCCUCAGAUGACAUUUUUGUGGUCAAAGGGUCACUCUUAAGUAUUCGACUUUGAGAAGCCGACACAAUAACAUUCUUAUAGGAAUAUUGCCAAUAUUGCCAUAAUUCCUAUGUAACUUUUUAAUUUUCGUUACGAAUAGAACAAUCGAAUGUCUUGGAAUGGCCCUGUCAUGACAUGAGCACUUCGUUCAUCAACUCCAUAUUACUUAUCCUAUGGCCCAAGGUCCUAUCAAUAGUACUAAAUCAUUCCGAUGAAAUUUAAACCAUAUUUAAAUAGGAAUAGAGUUGCAAUUGUUUUGUUUCGUUCAAUUUUCAAACAAAACAAACAUAGCUCUAUUCCCUGCAUUAUAGGUUCAAAUUUCAGUGGCAAAUUUUGGAUAUUUCAUUUGUAUGGCAGGGCCUUAGGAGGAUAUGGACAGCGCGGCAGUAUGUCACUCUUGUAAUAUAAACGGUCGUAUUACAUAUAAAAAGUACAUUAAUUAUACCUAAGUAUAUGUUGUAAUGUAAUUCACUUGAAUUUUUUUUUUACUUAUAAUGGCUGUUGUAAAUAAGUGUAAGAAUAUUUUACUUUAUUAUGUUAUUAAUAUAAUUUUGUUAAGAUUAAGGGUGGUAUUGGUAUGCCAUGUGUCCAAUGUCAGUGCGCCUUGAAUAAAUGUGAGACGCAAUACACAUUGGACAAAGAAAUUGAUUAGGUGGAAUAUCACCCUAAGCCACA